AUGGAGCAUGGGGACAUGGACUGCGGCCACAAGGACAUCCCAGACCUCCCUGCACCUGCGCACGUGCUACCCUUGCAGUUCCGGCUGCUGGGCAUCGCUUACACCCCGGCUCUGGGCAGCAGGGACUCGGAGAGCUACCGGCAGCUGGAGGGAGAUGUGAGACUGAUGGUGAGUGCUGGAGGUGGCUGGGACACAUUAGGCUCUUUGGGGAGCUGUGAGGUUCCAGGUCCUGCUGGGCUAAACCAGAUGCUGUCCAGCUACGAGAGCUUCCUGCAGGCAAAUGUCCUCGAGUUCAUGAAUGGCUCAGUGGCGGUGCGAGGGGAGGUUCUGUUCCGGGGGGAUGCUCCUGCUCCCACCAACUCCCACCUCAUCAGGACAGUUGUCACAGAGGCAAGCAAGGGAAGGAGCAUCUUCAGCUGGCAGCUGGAUCCCCAGUCUGUCCAGUCUGGUGGUUUCAGCCUGGAGAACCUGGACCCAGAGAAGCUGUCCAUCUCCCUCACUGGCUCCCAGGUUGGGAUGAGCAGGAUGGAUCCUCUGGAGCAGCUGAUCAGUGAGGUGACGUCAUCUGUCAGUGCCUUCUACCACGUGAGGAACUUCACCAUCUCCCAGAUCAUAAACCUCAGUGGGAACACUGAGAUCACUGGAGACCUCUACCUAGACACAGUUGUCCAUGCUGAUGUUACAGACGUUCUGGAAGCCCUGACUUCUCUCUCAGACCUCUCCAUGGACCUGACCUCCCUCUCAGUAGAGGGGUCCAAGCUUGGGCUGUACGUGUACCCUCUCUCCUUCCUGGUCACCAACAGAAACUUCAGCCAGAAGCUUCAGGAUCCACUCUCUGAAGAGCACCACAAUCUCUCCAUGGAACUUGGUGAUGUGGUGGCCAGAGUCCUGAGUGAUUACCCAUCCUUCCUGAAAGCGAUCAUAAAAGAAUUCCUGCCUGGCUCUGUGCUCUGCCAUGGGAACAUGAUAUUCCGUCACCCUGCUCCACCCAGCAUGGAAGUUCUGCGGACGCUUGUGCUCUCAGUUGGGCCAAACCACGCUUUGGGUGAUUCUGACAUCCAUGUGGAUCCAUACUCUCUCGCUGUGGGAGAGGACACCCUGGACCCUGCCCUGCCCCAGCCGGGCUUCCCAGCUUACGGAGUGGCCAUCAUGGUCAUAGGCGGCCUCUGCAUCAUCGCCGCGCCCGUCGUGCUCGUGUGCCUGGGGACCAAGAGGCUGGGCUGGCAGAGUGGAAGAGCCCUUUGGGACAGAAGAGACCCUGAAGUGGGGAUCCAGACGUUGGAAAUGGAUAACCAGGGCUUCUGGACAGAGGACUCUGAGGAUGGUCACUUCGAGUGGCAAAACACUUCUGCCUGAGGAGAGAAGCAGCAGCAGCUCGGGGAAGCUUGGAGAGGGGCUGUAGGUGGGAAGGAGAUGCUGAGAAGCUCUCCCUGAUCAUGUGGCAGCAGCUGCCAGGUGCUCCCUGAGCAGAGUGCAGACUAAGGUGUGUCAAGGAAUAAUUCUGUAUCUUAAAUAAACUGUUUGUAGACCGUGAAACCCAGUUGUGAAGGAUGUGUGUCUGCUCUGGGGGUGGUAUUGUGGGCAGCC